GUCACCCCGCGGCGGGGUAAAACGUAUAAAUAUACGGCGAUCGGCUGCAGAUUUUAUUCCACUCGUGUCGACGCGCGCCGCAAGUCGUGUGUCUGUAUUCCGUUCGUUCGAGAAGUCUAAUCUCUCUAACAAGUCGCAAUGACCGGUCGCGGUAAGGGAGGCAAAGGUCUGGGGAAAGGAGGAGCCAAGCGGCACAGGAAGGUGCUCCGUGAUAACAUCCAGGGUAUCACUAAGCCCGCCAUCCGUCGUCUGGCCCGCAGAGGCGGCGUCAAGCGUAUCUCCGGUCUGAUCUACGAGGAGACCCGCGGCGUGUUGAAGGUGUUCCUCGAGAACGUGAUCCGUGACGCCGUCACCUACACCGAGCACGCCAAGAGGAAGACCGUCACCGCCAUGGACGUCGUCUACGCUCUGAAGCGUCAGGGCCGCACCCUGUACGCCCCUCUGGAAAUCCACGCUCGUAGUGGUCGCUCCGCAAUGGCUCGUACCAAGCAGACCGCUCGUAAAUCCACCGGUGGUAAAGCACCCCGCAAACAGCUAGCCACCAAGGCGGCCCGCAAGAGCGCGCCCGCCACCGGCGGAGUCAAGAAGCCUCAUCGUUACAGGCCCGGUACCGUCGCCCUCCGUGAGAUCCGUCGCUACCAGAAGAGCACCGAGCUCCUGAUCCGCAAGCUGCCCUUCCAGCGUCUGGUCCGUGAGAUCGCUCAGGACUUCAAGACCGACCUGCGCUUCCAGAGCUCCGCCGUUAUGGCUCUUCAGGAGGCCAGCGAGGCUUACCUGGUCGGUCUCUUCGAAGACACCAACCUGUGCGCCAUCCACGCCAAGCUCGCAAUGACCGGUCGCGGUAAGGGAGGCAAAGGUCUGGGGAAAGGAGGAGCCAAGCGGCACAGGAAGGUGCUCCGUGAUAACAUCCAGGGUAUCACUAAGCCCGCCAUCCGUCGUCUGGCCCGCAGAGGCGGCGUCAAGCGUAUCUCCGGUCUGAUCUACGAGGAGACCCGCGGCGUGUUGAAGGUGUUCCUCGAGAACGUGAUCCGUGACGCCGUCACCUACACCGAGCACGCCAAGAGGAAGACCGUCACCGCCAUGGACGUCGUCUACGCUCUGAAGCGUCAGGGCCGCACCCUGUACGGUUUCGGAGGUUAAGAGCGCUGCGACACUAUAUAUAUAGUGUCGUCGUCGUGCGAUAUAGUGUAACUAUACGAUAUAUGUGUCGUUACCGUAUCGCGCGCUAGCGCACCGCGUCCUCAGACGCAAAUACAAAAAGGCCCUUUUCAGGGCCGCAUAU